GGCUAAUUAGAGGCAAUAGCGAGCCUAAUCCUAACGAGCUCUGUUCAUCAGCCAUCACAUUAUUCGUCUCUAAGCAAUGGCCUUGGCCUCUCAAAGAAGUGUCCGCUUGUUAGUCCUAGCCCAAGCCUUUGCCAUUUGCAUGCUGAUCCCAUGCUGCUCCUCCAGCAAAGAAGCCAUGGAGCUGUUCGAGAGAGCGUGCCACUGUUUCGAUAAUCCCAAUAUAUACAGCCAGUGCGCGGAGGAGUUCAGGCUGAACGCGGAGGGCGCGUUCCACGUGCAGAGGAACGAGGUGGACGAGUACUGCGGCGGGCCGUGCCUGGAGGAGACGAAUCUGGCGCUGGAGUGCGUGGAGGAGGUGGCCGCCGAGAGCUUCAGGUUCUCCAACGGCGCGUCGGUGCUGGCGGUGAGGCAGGCGCUCGGCACGGGGUGCAGCUACGGCCCCGACAGAGGGACCUUUGAGAUCAGGGAGCGCAAAGACUGCGUCGGCGGCGCCGACGAGUACUACUACCGCAAGCCUCGCGACCACGAGCAGGAGAAGCCAGCAGUCGGCGGCCGGUACUACGGCGAGGGCAGCCAGCAGCCGUACGAGCAGCAGGGCGCCGGCGGAUAUGGCGAGGGCGAGGAGUACUGCUCCGGGGCCGCUGGCAGGCUAGGAGGAGAGCGCCGCGGCUACUACCUGCAGACGAUCAUCCUGCUGCUUCUUGCCUCUGCACCACCACUGAUCCUCACGCUCUAAAAUUCAGUUUCCGCUACCGGCAUGUUGUAGACCCUUGUUUUUAUGCUGUAUUCCUUCGGAGUUUUUUCCCCCUUCACUUUUCAGUAAUUUUGCACGCGCUACUGUCUACGUUCUAGAACAAACACCUCUUCGACAAAUAUAUUUGUCCUCUUUUUCGA